ACCCUCCACCGCUCUAUCCAGCCCCUCUAGGCUGAGAGGAUCAGAUUACUACACAACAGGAUCCACACUCCUCUGGACAGGAUCUCCUUUUUGUUUACUGUGAAUGAGGAGGGGUGGUGAUGAUGUCAGAGGACAGCUGUGGCCGAAUAUGCUGUAGGGGGAUGUAUAGCUGCUACUGGAGGCACCCCAGUGACAGGAACCAAAAAGUGAGUACUGUAUGCCUAGAAUUGUAUUGUGUGUAGAAUAUACAGUAGCUAUAGGACAUUCAUUAAGACAAUUACGAUUUUUACAUUUACAUUUACGUCAUUUAGCAGACGCUCUUAUCCAGAGCGACUUACAAAUUGGUGCAUUCACCUUAUAUAGCCAGUGGGAUAACCACUUUACAAUGUUAUUUUUUUUUUGGGGGGGGGGGGGGGGGGGGGGGUUAGAAGGGUAGAAGGAUUACUUAUCCUAUCCCAGGCACUAACUUUUUUUUUUGGCACUAACUCCUCACUAUCCUCACCUUUGGUUUAUGUACUGUUUACAUUUACAUUUGAUUAAUUUAGCAGACACUCUUAUCCAGAGCGACUUAUAUUUAGUGCAUUACUAUACAGUGGGGGAAAAAAGUAUUUAGUCAGCCACCAAUUGUGCAAGUUCUCCCACUUAAAAAGAUGAGAGAGGCCUGUAAUUUUCAUCAUAGGUACACGUCAACUAUGACAGACAAAAUGAGAAAAAAAUAUCCAGAAAAUCACAUUGUAGGAUUUUUUAAUGAAUUUAUUUGCAAAUUAUGGUGGAAAAUAAGUAUUUGGUCAAUAAAAAAAGUUUCUCAAUACUUUGUUAUAUACCCUUUGUUGGCAAUGACACAGGUCAAACGUUUUCUGUAAGUCUUCACAAGGUUUUCACACACUGUUGCUGGUAUUUUGGCCCAUUCCUCCAUGCAGAUCUCCUCUAGAGCAGUGAUGUUUUGGGGCUGUCGCUGGGCAACACAGACUUUCAACUCCCUCCAAAUAUUUUCUAUGGGGUUGAGAUCUGGAGACAGGCUAGGCCACUCCAGGACCUUGAAAUGCUUCUUACGAAGCCACUCCUUCGUUGCCCGGGCGGUGUGUUUGGGAUCAUUGUCAUGCUGAAAGACCCAGCCACGUUUCAUCUUCAAUGCCCUUGCUGAUGGAAGGAGGUUUUCACUCAAAAUCUCACGAUACAUGGCCCCAUUCAUUCUUUCCUUUACACGGAUCAGUCGUCCUGGUCCCUUUGGAAACACAGCACGAAAGCUGUUUCCACCCCCAUGCUUCACAGUAGGUAUGGUGUUCUUUGGAUGCAACUCCGCAUUCUUUGUCCUCCAAACACGACAAGUUGAGUUUUUACCAAAAAGUUAUAUUUUGGUUUCAUCUGACCAUAUGACAUUCUCCCAAUCCUCUUCUGGAUCAUCCAAAUGCACUCUAGCAAACUUCAGACGGGCCUGGACAUGUACUGGCUUAAGCAGGGGGACACAUCUGGCACUGCAGGAUUUGAGUCCCUGGCGGCGUAGUGUGUUACUGAUGGUAGGCUUUGUUACUUUGGUCCCAGCUCUCUGCAGGUCAUUCACUAGGUCCCCCCGUGUGGUUCUGGGAUUUUUGCUCACCGUUCUUGUGAUCAUUUUGACCCCACGGGGUGAGAUCUUGCGUGGAGCCCCAGAUCGAGGGAGAUUAUCAGUGGUCUUGUAUGUCUUCCAUUUCCUAAUAAUUGCUCCCACAGUUGAUUUCUUCAAACCAAGCUGCUUACCUAUUGCAGAUUCAGUCUUCCCAGCCUGGUGCAGGUCUACAAUUUUGUUUCUGGUGUCCUUUGACAGCUCUUUGGUCUUGGCCAUAGUGGGGUUUGGAGUGUGAGUGUUUGAGGUUGUGGACAGGUGUCUUUUAUACUGAUAACAAGUUCAAACAGGUGCCAUUAAUACAGGUAACGAGUGGAGGACAGAGGAGCCUCUUAAAGAAGAAGUUACAGGUCUGUGAGAGCCAGAAAUCUUGCUUGUUUGUAGGUGACCAAAUACUUAUUUUCCACCAUAAUUUGCAAAUAAAUUCAUUAAAAAUCCUACAAUGUGAUUUUCAGGAUUUUUUUUCUCAAUUUGUCUGUCAUAGUUGACGUGUACCUAUGAUGAAAAUUACAGGCCUCUCUCAUCUUUUUAAGUGGGAGAACUUGCACAAUUGGUGGCUGACUAAAUACUUUUUUCCCCCCACUGUAUACUGUAAUUCCAUGUAGCUCAAAUGUUGUUUUAGUGACUUCUCUCAGGUCAGAGCUACAGUUGGCCUACAAGGAAAUGUUCACACGGCUUUGAUAUGUGUUGCAAUAAAAAUCGUCAUUGUCAUCCAGCAGCAGCAAUCACUGAGGCAUUGCCAAGGGAAUUCAGCUUUGAAUUUACUUAUGCCUUCUCUACAGUUCAAUUUCUUGUACCUGCUUUACAGUGAUUAUAAGGGAUUAGCAUUCCAUUGGACAGCAUUCAGUUGAAGCAUGAGGAUUUAAUCCCCUUUAUAAACUCACUGUGGGUGUAUACAGUGGGGAAAAAAAGUAUUUAGUCAGCCACCAAUUUUUGGUGGCUGACUAAAGGAUUUUUUUUUCUCAUUUUGUCUGUCAUAGUUGACGUGUACCUAUGAUGAAAAUUACAGGCCUCUCUCAUCUUUUUAAGUGGGAGAACUUGCACAAUUGGUGGCUGACUAAAUACUUUUUUCCCCCACUGUAAUAGGAAGCCUCUAUUCCUAGGCCAAUGAGAUGUGUAUGGAUGUUAUUGGAGAGGCAUCCAUUCAUUCAGACCUGUUGUGUAAAUAAGUGCAGGAUAAUUGGGAGAGGGAGAUUGCAAUGCAGUAGAGCAUGUGAAUGUGUGCCAGGACUAAUUGCUGAACUGAACUCACAGGCCCCUACAGGCUGGGUAAAAGCUUAUCUGGGACAGAACGAGUGGUGGGAAAAAGUACCCAAUUGUCAUACUUGAGUUAAAGUAAAGAUACCUUAAUAGAAAUUACUUGAGUAAAAGUUGAAGUCACCCAGUAAAAAACUUACUUGAGUAAAAGUCUAAAAGUAAAUGUAAUUGCUCAAAUAUACUUAAGUAUCAAAAGUAAAAGUAAAAGUAUAAAUCAUUUCAAAUUCCUUAUAUUAAGCAAACCAGACGGUUUUAAAUUUACAGAUAUCCCGGGGCACACUCCAACACUCAGACAUAAUGUACAAACAAAGCAUUUGUGUUUAGUGAGUCCGCCACAUCAGAGGCAAUGGGGAUGACCGGGGAUGUUCUCUUGAUAAGUGCGUGAAUUGGACAAUUUUCCAGUCAAAAUGUAACAAGUAUUUUUGGGUGUCAAGGAAAAUGUAUGGAGUAAAAAGUACAUUAUUUUCUGUUGACAAAAAUAUAAAUAGUAAAGUAAAGUACAGAUACCACAAAAAAAAUUACUUAAGCAGUACUUUCAAGUAUUUUUACUUAAGUACUUUACACCACUGGACAGAAGUACAAAGGGGACAAACCAUUAGUGUCAAAGGUGGUGGUGGGGGUUCUGUUUGGAGACAAUUAAGGGUGGGUGGAUACUGGUGUUUUUUAUUCCCUACAUGUAGUGUGGUGGUUGCAUGGAAUAGCAGGCGAAACCAAACAUGAAGAGGCAUUGGAGAGAAUCCAACAGCCCUGAGGGAGCUAACCGCUGAUACCCUCAGACUCACCACAUGUACAGUGUACACACACACACACACACACAAACAAACAAACACACACACACACUUGUUGACCAGCAAUACAAUAACACUCAGAGAAUAUGUAUUUCCAAACCAUAGCUGAGAUAAAUCCUGGAAGGUAAAUGUCUUCCUGACAAAUACGUUUAGUAAUGAGAUCUUCCAAUGUCAGUAGAAAUGAGAACAGGUUUAGGGAUCCAGUAGUAAUAGUUGUCUCGUCUUGCUAUAGUGCUCCUGCUGCUGGUUGUCAGUCCUUACCGCUGUGUCCAUCCUCACGCUGUUCUGGAUGUACAUCUGUCUGAUGGCUUACAAUGACCGCGACGAUGUCAACUGGUGAGCUUGGUCAUACACUCUGUGUGUGAAUGUGUGCACAUACAGCUGCAGACACAAACGCAAACACACACACACACACACACACACACAUUGACAGCGAUGGACUCAAACCCUGUGACCUACCCUCUAUUGUCCCCUACCAGGAAGGUAUUUUCCAUUCUGAAACUGUGGGUGAACUGGUUCAUGGUGCUAAUCAUCAUCUCUGCUGUACUGACCAUCUACUGCACCCUAUUACUGGUGAGGGACACAAUUCAUAUACCUGUCAAUGCAUUUACUGUAUGAUGUUCACAUCAGCUGAGUUGUAAUGACUGUUUAAUUGCAGGUCUUUGCACUGUUCCAACUUGCCUUGAAAGUGCCUUUGGACUUACACAGUCUCCACAAGGUAUUAGGAACAUUCUUUGUUCCUAGAAUGUUUCCCUUUACAUGUUAUAUAAGAAGAGCAAAGCUAUAGUGGCAUAACAAGAAUGGCAAUAGCAUGGCUGAUUAACAAUAGUAACUAACUUCAUGUAUAGCUUAGGUAUUGACCUGUGUUGACUGAAUUGUAUUGUGUUGUGGUUUGCUCUGCACAGUUUUUCCUGUUUUUAGGAGUGGUCUUCGUCGCCUUGGGCACCACUGGAAUAAGCCUAAAUUGGGGAAAAGAGUGGCACACUGUUCUUCUGUCAUUACAGGUAUAGCAGGGCCAAAGUAUAGCACCAUGGAACUGUCUUUUAGGUGUGUGUAGUGUGUGUGUGUGUGUGUGUGUGUGUGUGUGUGUGUGUGUGUGUGUGUGUGUGUGUGUGUGUGUGUGUGUGUGUAGUGUGUGUGUGAGAAUGUUGGAGCUAGAGUGAGGUGUGUAGUAAGCCUGUGUGUUUUGGGUCAGGGCCUUGGCAGCAGUAUGCUACGUGUAUUACACUGUUUAUAACAUUGAUCUCCCUCAGGCCACCGCUCCGUUCCUACAGAUGGGAGGGGUUGGAGCCCUGACCCUGGUCAGCUGGCUGGUGUUCCAGGGCUUCCAUAGGACCCGCAGAGUAGGUCAGUGCUGAUACUGAACUUGUCCAAUGAAAAUACACAAACACUCACCGUGACAUCAAUAAUAUGAGACGUACAGUACACGCCUAUAGAUAUUAUUUCAAUAUUGAUAGAAUAUAAUUUCGUUCUGUGAACCCUGGAAUGAUAAUACAUACACCAGCUGAAUGAACUAAUUCAAUGCAGUUGACUAUCUUCUUUCCUUGCCUUUUUGUAUUCACAACAAUAGUUAAAGUAUGACUGUUUCAUUCUUAACCUGUGUCUGUCUGACCCCCAGCCUCUAAGAUCCUCAUCAUGGCAGUGUUUGUUGGCGUGUCAGUGGCAAUGUUCCUCAGCCCCCUACUCAUCCAAUCCCCUUGUCUGGUGGAGAAGGAACAGCUGCCCCGUAAACCUAACCUCAUUGGUCAUCGAGGAGCACCAAUGGUGAGGAAGUGCCCACUUUAUUUCUCAUACCGUGCAUUGGUUCUAUGGUCUCAAUAUUAAAGUGAUAAGCUGAAAAUGCAAAGUACCUAAAGGUGAUUGGCUACCUUAGUCAUACAGUGGAUACGACUUAAUGACAGAGAUAUAAGACCAUCAUCAGAAAAUGGCUUAUGUGUUACACUUUACCGUUGACAUAAAUUCCAUAAUCAUCCGUUAUGAUUCAGUAUGUAUAUAUACCCAGAACGACGUUAGUAUUAGUGUUUGUUUACAUUGCACUAAGUACACUACUGGUAAAAAGUUUUAGAACACCUACUCAUUCAAGGGUUUUUCUUUAUUUUUUUACUAUUUUCUACAUCGUAGAAUAAUAAGGAAGACAUCAAAACUAUGAAAUAACACAUAUGGAAUCAUGUAGUAACCAAAAAAGUGUUAAACAAAUCAAAACAUAUUAUAUAUUUUAGAUUCUUCAAAUAGCCACCCUUUGCCUUGAUGACAGCUUUGCACACUCUUGGCAUUCUCUCAACCAGCUUCACCUGGAAUGAUUUUCCAACAGUCUUGAAGGAGUUCCCACAUAUGCUGAGCACUUGUUGGCUGACUUUCCUUCACUCUGCAGUCCCAUUCAUCCCACACCAUCUCAAUUUGGUUGAGGUCGGGUGAUUGUGGAGGCCAGGUCAUCUGAUGCAGCACUCCAUCACUCUCCUUCUUGGUAAAAUAGCCCUUACACAGCCUGGAAUUGUGUUUUGGGUCAUUGUCCUAUUGAAAAACAAAUGAUAGUCCCACUAAGCCCAAACCAGAUGGGAUGGUGUAUCGCUGCAGAAUGCUGUGGUAGCCAUGCUGGUUAAGUGUGCCUUGAAUUCUAAAUAAAUCACAGACACAGUCACCAGCAAAGCACCCCCACACCAUAACAUCUCCUCCUCCAUGCUUUACGGUGGGAAAUACACAUGCGGAGAUCAUCCGUUCACCCACACCGCGUCUCACAAAGACACAGCGGUUGCAACCAAAAAUCUCACAUUUGGACUCCAGACCAAAGGACACAUUUUCACUGGUCUAAUGUCCAUUGCUUGUGUUUCUUGGCCCAAGCAUGUCUCUUCUUAUUAUUGGUGUCCUUUAGUAGUGGUUUCUUUGCAGCAAUUCGACCAUGAAGGCCUGAUUCCACACAGUCUACUCUGAACAGUUGAUGUUGAGAUGUGUCUAUUACUUGAACUCUGUGAAGCAUUUAUUUGGGCUGCAAUUUCUGAGGCUGGUAACUCUAAUUAACUUAUCCUCUGCAGCAGAGGUAACUCUGGGUCUUCCAUUCCUGUGGCGGUCCUCAUGAGAGCCAGUUUCAUCAUAGCGCUUGAUGGUUUUUGCGACUGCACUUGAAGAAACCUUCAAAGUUCUUGAAAUGUUCCAUAUUGAUUGACCUUCAUGUCUUAAAGUAAUGAUGGACUGUCGUUUCUCUUUGCUUAUUUGAGCUGUUCUUGCCAUAAUAUGGACUUGGUCUUUUACCAAAUAGGGCUAUCUUCUGUAUAUCCCCCCUACCUUGUCACAACACAACUGAUUGGCUCAAACGCAUUAAGAAGGAAAGAAAUUCCACAAGUUAACUUUAAGAAGGCACACCUGUUAAUUGAAACGCAUUCCAGGUGACUACCUCAUGAAGCUGGUUGAGAGAAUGCCAAGAGUGUGCAAAGCUGUCAUCAAGGCAAAGGGUGGUUAUUUGAAGAAUCUCAAAUAUAAAAUAUAUUUUGAUUUGUUUAACACUUUUUUGGUUAAUACAUGAUUCCAUAUGUGUUAUUUCAUAGUUUUGAUGUCUUCACUAUUAUUUUACAAUGUAGAAAAUAGUAAAAAUAAAUAAAAACCCUUGAAUGAGUAGGUGUUCUAAAACUUUUGACCGUUAGUGCACAUAUCCCUAUUUCCAUCAUUUCCAGUGAAUCAGAGGGCUUAAGCUUGAAUUUCUGUCCAGUCGUUGCUCUAGUCCUCUCCAAUAUCACCACCGUAGGCCCACUCAGCUCAGCUGUGUCAUAUGCAGCAUGGCUCAGUGUUCGCACAUCAUCAGGGUAGUCACAGGAGUGUUUCUCACCAAUCUGUCCUCUCUCUGUGUUCAGCUGGCCCCAGAGAACACCCUGAUGUCGUUCAUUAGGAGUGUGGAGUGCGGCGUGAUCGCCUUCGAGACGGACGUGCAGCUCAGGUACCCAGGGGACUAAGGCGGCUUCCUGUAUGCAUAGACAUUGCAGAGUUGUGAAGGAUCAAAAGUGCACUGCUGUUUCAAAUUGUUUUCAGUUGAAUAAUAAUAACAAGGAUGCAUGGGAUUUAUAUAGCGCUUUUCAAAGACCCAAAGAUGCAGUUUGUUGACAAUUCUUUCUCCUCCAGUAAGGACAGAGUUCCUUACCUGAUGCAUGACCACAACAGCCAUUUCCUGAGGAGGACUACAGAUGUUCUACAGAAGUUCCCUGGGAAAGACUUGAACCACAGCACAAACCUCACCUGGGAGGAGCUACAGGAAUUAAACGCUGGUGAUUGGUUCCUGAAGGUAAGGGUGAUAUCCAAUUUCACAAGCCUCCCUUGUAUGUUGUAGUGGGGCGGCAGGUUAAAGCGUUGGGCCAGUACCCGAAAGGUCGCUGGAACAUAUCCAUGUGUAGCAACAAGAUGAGAAAUGUGCCGCUGUGCCCUUGAGCAAGACAGUUAACACUAAUUGCUCCAGGGGUACUGUACAAUGGUGACCCUGGCUGUGACCCCAGUCCCUGCAGAUGUCUCAGGGGGAGUUGGGAUGUUAAAGAAACACAGUUCCAUUACACCCUUGUGUGUAACAGGACAAACACAGUAUAAGCACCCCCAAAAUUAUUAUUAGUUGGAAAUCAUUUCAUUUCAGUUUAGGUUUAGUUGAACAUGUCUUAUUUACUGUAGAUCCUUAAAAUGUGUAUUACAAUUUGAACUACACCAACUCAUUGACAUAAUGACAUCCAUACUAUGGAUAUCUCCCUUUCAGACAGAUCCAUUCCGCUCAGUGUCCCAGCUCUCAGAGCAGGAGAAGAAGACAGCUGGGAACCAGAGUGUUCCCUCCCUUCUGCAGCUGCUGGACCUGGCCAAGACUCAUAACACCUCUGUCAUCUUUGACUUGAAGAAUGACGACAACAAUGACACUAACGACACUGUGAACACCAUCCUCAACUCUAGCAUCCCCCAAGACCUGGUGAGUGGAAUCUCUAUCAGGAUCACUACUUCACCAGUUCUGUGUAGUUAUACUCUUAUUGCAGUUGUUUGACAGUGUGUCUCUUCUCUCUUUAGAUCCUCUGGCUUCCCCCUAAACACAGGGAGUAUGUGAGGGAGAUCGCACCAGGGUUCAAGCAGGUCUACAACACUGUGUCUGAUAUGAACCGUGACGGUGCAGAUUAUCUGAAUGUCAAAUACAGUGCGUUGAGCACCGCAGAGAUCGGGUGAGUAGCCUACCUCAAAGUUCCCACGCUUUUCUCAAUGCUUUAGUUCCAGAACCACAUUCCACCUGGGCUGAUUGACAGCUGCAGGUGUAGUGGUUACAAAAUUAAAAGUAUUUAUGUUGGCGUGCUGAGACAAGAAAAUGGCACUAUCUUAGACUGAGACAGACACAAUGCCACAAUGCCUCAGGGGGGAAUGAGACUAAAAUCAUGUUUUCGCACAGGUGGAUUUUUAAUGGCUGAGAGCCCAGUAGUGAACGUUCCUCAUGGGAUGAUAGUGUCUGUUGAUUUAGUGAAAACAAACAGCUCAAAGAUGAUGGGAAAGUGUUGUCUGAACAAGCAUGAUGUGUCCUUUAAUAGUAUGACAUCUUACAGUAUGAUUGAUCACUCCUACUACUAAUUAUAUGUUGCUGAUCUGAGCCAGCUCUUUCACCUAAUCUUUUAAUUCGCUACUGAACUUGUAUUUUUGUGUGUUUGUGUGAGACAGGGAGCUUCGGAACAGGAACGUGACGGUGAACCUGUGGGUGGUGAAUGAACCAUGGCUCUUCUCUCUGCUGUGGUGCUCGGGGGCCAGCUCUGUGACCACCAACGCCUGCUCCCUCCUAAAGGACAUGUCCCAGCCUGACUGGACAAUGGUGAGGGACUCACAUCAAACCCCCUCUUCUUCACUUUCCCAUAGUCACUCCCUCUUCAACGGUCAACCAGAUCACCCCACCCUGACAUUGUAAUUCUCACAAAGUCAAUAUUGCUUUUAAACAUUAGCUAGCAUAUAUUAUGAUAUCCAUGUGUAGCAUUGAACUUGACAUUUUCUCACGAGUUUUUCAUCUUGUGCGCCAUCUAUGGGUUGUAUAAAUGUACACUACUGGUCAAAAGUUUUAGAACACCUACUCAUUCAAGGGUUUUUCUUUAUUUUUUUAUUUUUUUCUACAUCGUAGAAUAAUAAGGAAGACAUCAAAACUAUGAAAUAACACAUAUGGAAUCAUGUAGUAACCAAAAAAGUGUUAAACAAAUCAAUUCAUAUUUUAUGUUUGAGAUUCUUCAAAUAGCCACCCUUUGACUUGAUGACAGCUUUGCACACUCUUGGCAUUCUCUCAACCAGCUUCACCUGGAAUGCUUUUCCCACAGUCUUGAAGGAGUUCCUACAUAUGCUGAGCACUUGUUGGCUGACUUUCCUUCACUCUGCAGUCCCACUCAUCCCACACCAUCUCAAUUUGGUUGAGGUCGGGGGAUUGUGGAGGCCAGGUCAUCUGAUGCAGCACUCCAUCACUCUCCUUCUUGGUAAAAUAGCCCUUACACAGCCUGGAGCUGUGUUUUGGGACAUUGUCCUAUUGGGGGGAAAAAAUGAUAGUCCCACUAAGCCCAAACCAGAUGGGAUGGCGUAUCGCUGCAGAAUGCUGUGGUAGCCAUGCUGGUUAAGUGUGCCUUGAAUUCUAAAUAAAUCACAGACACAGUCACGAGCAAAGCACCCCCACACCAUAACACCUCCUCCUCCAUGCUUUACAGUGGGAAAUACACAUGCGGAGAUCAUCCGUUCACCCACACCGCGUCUCACAAAGACACAGCGGUUGCAACCAAAAAUCUCACAUUUGGACUCCAGACCAAAGGACACAUUUCCACUGGUCUAAUGUCCAUUGCUCGUGUUUCUUGGCCCAGGCAUGUCUCUUCUUAUUAUUGGUGUCCUUUAGUAGUGGUUUCUUUGCAGCAAUUCGACCAUGAAGGCCUGAUUCACACAGUCUACUCUGAACAGUUGAUGUUGAGAUAUGUCUAUUACUUGAACUCUGUGAAGCAUUUAUUUGGGCUGCAAUUUCAUAGGCUGGUAACUCUAAUUAACUUAUCCUCUGCAGCAGAGGUAACUCUGGGUCUUCCAUUCCUGUGGCGGUCCUCAUGAGAGCCAGUUUCAUCAUAGCGCUUGAUGGUUUUUGCGACUGCACUUGAAGAAACGUUCAAAGUUCUUGAAAUGUUCCAUAUUGAUUGACCUUCAUGUCUUAAAGUAAUGAUGGACUGUCAUUUCUCAUUGCUUAUUUGAGCUGUUCUUGCCAUAAUAUGGACUUGGUCUUUUACCUAAUAGGGCUAUCUUCUGUAUAUCCCCCCUUCCUUGUCACAACACAACUGAUUGGCUCAAACGCAUUAAGAAGGAAAGAAAUUCCACAAAUUAACUUUAAGAAAGCACACCUGUUAAUUUAAAUGCAUUCCAGGUGACUACCUCAUGAAGCUGGUUGAGAGAAUGCCAAUAGUGUGCAAAGCUGUCAUCAAGGCAAAGGGUGGUUAUUUGAAGAAUCUCAAAUAUAAAAUACAUUUUCAUUUGUUUAACACUUCUUGGGUUACUACAUGAUUCCAUAUUUGUUAUUUCAUAGUUUUGAUGUCUUCACUAUUAUUCUACAAUGUAGAAAAUAGUAAAAAUAAAUAAAAACCCUUGAAUGAGUAGGUGUUCUAAAACGUUUGACCGGUAGUGUACCUACUAGGUUUGCUGGUACUUACUAUAUGUGUGUGUCUGUGUGUGUUUCAGAGACCUGAUAUAUACAGAAUUAUAUGGAUCACAGUGGACCUGGUGUCAUUGCUCAUAAUGUUUGCAGUUUUCAUCUUACAGAGGUGAGUAGCGCACUACCAUUGUCUGUAAAAGACAAUGGAAACAGUCUUUGGAAUUUUAAGACUUGAUUUGUUCACUUUACUCUUCUGCUUUGAAAAAGGUGCUGUCUCAGUCAUGCUAAAGGUGGGUUUUUCUAGUAGACAUUGAUGAUCAAUAUAAUCAAUAUGGAAAAAUUCAAAUUGUUCCCCUUUUUUGCAAUGUUUACAGUAAUUAUGUACGGUACUAACUACUAAGAUAAUUGCCAUCUACAAUGCCUUCAGAAAGUAUUCAUACCCCUUGACUUAUUCCACAUUUUGCUGUGGUACAGCCUGAAUUCAAAAUUGAUUAUAUAUAUAUAUUUUUCAUCACCCAUCUACACACAAUACCCCAUAAUGACAAAGUGAAACAUAUUUUUUUGAAAUGUUUGCACAUUUAUGGAAAACGAAUACAGAAAUAUCUAAUUUACAAACGUAUUCACACCCCUGAGUCAAUACUUUGUAGAAGCACCUUUGGCAGCGAUUACAGUUGUGAGUCUUUCUGGGUAAGCUUUCCACACCUGGCUUGUGCAACAUAAAGACCACUCUAAAAUGUGCAGUUUUGUCACACAACACAAUGCCACAGAUGUCUCAAGUUUUGAGGGAGCAUGCAAUUGGCAUGCUGACUGCAGGUAUGUCCACCAGAGUUGUUGCCAGAUAUUGAAUGUUAAUUUCUCUACCAUAAGCCGCCAUCCAACGUCAUUUUGGAGAAUUUGGCAGUACAUCCAACCGGCCUCAUAACCAAAGACCACAUGUUAACCACGCCAGCCCAGGACCUCUACAUCCGGCUUCAUCACCUGCGGAAUCGUCUGAGACCAGCCACCCGGACAGCUGAUGAAACUGAGGAGCAUUUAUGUCUGUAAUAAAGCCCUUUUGUGGGGAAAUAUUACUCUAGUGCCUUGUUGCAAACAGGAUGCAUGUUUUGGAAUAUUUGUAUUCUGUACAGGCUUCCUUCUUUUCACUCUGUCAAUUAGGUUGGUAUAGUGGAGUAACUACAAUGUUGUUCAUCCAUCCUCAAUUUUCUCCUGUCACAGCCAUUAAACUCUGUAACGGUUUUAAAGUCACCAUUGGCCUCAUGGUGAAAUCCCUGAGCGGUUUCCUUCAUCUCAGGCAACUGAAUUAGGUGUAAUUAAUAACUUCACCAUGCUUAAAGGAAUAUUCAAUGUCUGCUUUUUUUUACUUAAUUACCUAUCUACCAAUAGGUGCCCUUCUUUGUGAGGCAAUGGAAAACCUCCCUGGUCUUUGUGGUUUAAUCUUUGUUUGAAAUUCACUGCUCAACUGAGGGACCUUACAGAUAAUUGUAUGUGUGGGGUACAGAGAUGAGGUAGUCAUUCAAAAAUAAUUUUAAACACUAUUAUUGCACACAGAUUGAGUGCAUGCAACUUAUUAUGAAACUGGUUAAGCCAUAACAAAGGGGUUGAAUAUUUUCAGCUUUUCAUUUUUAAUUAAUUUGUAAAAACUAAAAAAAACUAAAAAUCCACUUUUACAUUAUGGGGUAUUGUGUAUAGGUCAGUGAUAAAAACAAAUCUAAAUGUAAUCAAUUUAAAAUUCAGGCUGUAACAAUCAAAUGUGGAAAUAUUAAAGGGGUGUGAAUGCUUUCUGAAGGCACUGUAUGUAUCUUGUAUGAUGAAUCUUUAUGAUAGCUAUUGUUAACUUUGAUAUGGGACUGAUAUAUAAGGAUUAUACCACGCUCUCUUACUGUAAUACAUUUCAUUCUUGUUUUGAUGGUGUAAAUAAUUAAAUGUUUAGUGUUUUGGUUGCAUUAAUGACAUGCAAAGAAAACAACUGCUGUAUUUGUGCUUAUGAUCCUAUAAACUAGGACACAAGGGCAUCAUGUAAAGAGACAUCCUAUAAUGAGUAAGUGGAAUAAUUGUUUGUGUCUGAUUAUCUCUACAGGGAAAAAGCAAAUAAAGGGAUUUUCUGCCUGGAAUCAGAGAGAACUAUCCCCCUUCUUACCCUCUGAAUAGUUCAGCCUGGAUCCAGAAAUCCACCCCACCCCACCUUACCAUCUGUAUGGCUCAGCCUUGAAUCAGGAAGUAAUUAGGCUAAUUGAAAAGACAGUAUCAAAAGAAUGUGUGGUUCACAUGCAUAAAGUACAUUUUACAUUCAUCAUGAGAAUUUAUGAACAAAGAUGCAAAUACCACAUCCACAUGUUGCCCUAGGAUGGCCAUUUUAUUUGCUUUUAAUUCAAGAAGUCAUUUCAUAGUCAUUUUAUUUCAAUAUAUUUUAGAUGCUUUUUGUGACCAUUUGUAAAUAGGGUUUUCCUAUAGAAAAUGUUUGUGUGACACUGUAUUUUUUUUUUUAUAUACACUGUAUACAUGAAGUUUAGUCUUAUUUGGAAACUACUGGUGUUGUGUUCACUGAUAAAUGUCAGCACUAUUUCCACUGGGGGUUACAUUCUGAAUGAGAGAUUUACAAAAUGAUCAAAAAUCAUCUUAUAUCAUAUUUUUGAUAAAAUCAUAUCCGUAUUUGACACGUCUGUGUGUGCUUGUGUGAACGCAUGAGAGAAUGUGUGUGUGCGCGCGCCCGUGUGUGUGAGCGCGCGCACCCGUGCGUGAGUGAGUAGGUGUGUGCGUGAGAGAGAGAGUGUGUGUGUCAG